AUGAGGUUGAUUCUGGUUAAACCCACCAACGCAACGCGGCGCCUCGACUCAACAGGUGAAGUCUACCCCAACGGGGUCCAUGAGCAUUGCACCUUGGGCGGUCCGCCCCCUCCGACAAGAACCCCUGAGCAUGAUCAGUACUCUGGAACCCCAGUCGAGUCGUCUUCAUCCCCACAGGAGACAAGUCUCUGCUGCGUAGCACCUUCACCACAUGAAAAAUCUAAUGGAAUCCAUCAAGUUUCAGCCCAGAUGUCGCCGCUGAAAACUCGGAACCUAACCUUAUCCCAGCUGAGCGAUCAGGAGUGGCUGCUGCUCUGUGGCCAGGUCAGCAGCGUAGGAGAUGAUUCGCCCUUGGCAGAGAGAGGAGGGACCAGCGGGGGCCAUCCAAACCACAACGACAGAUGUGGAUGUUCCUGUCCGGACGCACACCAGCAUUCACAGACUUUUCAAGCGGCGUCAACACUUGGCCCAGUGCAGGACCGUCCCUCCAGAGUCACAAAUAAGAGAAGACUUUCAUGCUCACCACAUACCCAGUCUUUCUCUCAGAGCAGCCAAGGUUCGACCUCAUGCCAGGUUUUACCACAGCAAGCCAACCAAAGGGAUCUUUUCAAACCUUCAACAAACCAGCCGCAUGAUAAUUCCAUGCCUCAGAGCAGUGACCAUGACGGUCAGAAGGAGCUUUUGCAGCGGCAGCAUCCUUGCAAUCAUUUCAAACUCAGGGACAGCAGCCAAGCAACCUGCCCCAAUUUGUUCAACAUUCCUCUGAACUCAGUUGAGUGUGCUGAGUCGAAUCAGAUUCUUCACCAGCGGCCUCAGCCAGCCGGCACCGCAGACCUCAACUGGACAGAGAUUUUCGGUAAAGGACCACUGUUGGUUCAACAGCGUCAAAAUCGAGACUCUCUUGGCUCCAUGGCUGGUGAUCAGGCCUGUAAAUCACCUGGGGAUCCGUCGAUCGUCCUCAAGUGUCGUCAUCUCCCUUACAACCUCCUGACCAGUACUGCCCGCAUGAAGAGGUCAUCCACUCCAGAGAAGAGUUUCCAGUCCUUCUCCAUCAGCCAGUACAGUUCACUUGAGAACCAGGGACAAAGUCAGACAUCCUCUGAAGUCCUCGGUGGGUCCAAAGUCUCCCUCCCUAAACAUUCUCCCCCGGCAGCAGACAACUUAGAAACCAGUGGCUCAGUUAACGGGGAUGCAGUGCGACCGCUGGGCAGCUAUGGCGCUCUGAGAUCCAGUCUUGCAGAUCUUCACUCGGACCAACAGCCUCUUCCACUUCUUAACAGUGCCGUCCUCGAGGACGCCUUCUCCAAAGUCCUCAGAGAAGACUCCAGUAAGGCCAACAGCGACAACCUGAGCAGGGAGGAGGGCAGCGCCCCACAGAAGAGGACCAAGGACCUGAGCUACCGGCUGGGCCAAAGGAGAGCUCUCUUUGGGAAGCGUAAACAACUCAGUGACUACGCGUUGGUCUUUGGGAUGUUGGGCAUUAUCAUCAUGGUGAUCGAGACAGAGCUUUCCAGGGGUAUUUACAGCAAGGAAUCCAUAUACUCAUAUGUCAUGAAAGGUCUAAUCAGUCUUUCUACUGCUAUUCUCCUUGGACUCAUUGUGAUGUACCACGCGAGGGAAAUACAGCUCUUCAUGGUGGACAACGGGGCAGACGAUUGGAGGAUAGCUAUAACCUUUGAGCGUGUGCUCAUUGUCACGUUGGAGCUUCUGGUCUGUGCCAUCCAUCCAAUCCCGGGCCGGUACAUGUUCAACUGGACGGCUCGACUGGCCGUCAGUUACACGGCAUCAGUGGCCGACGCUGAUGUGGACAUCUUCCUCUCCGUGCCCAUGUUCCUGCGCCUCUACCUGAUAGGCCGGGUCAUGCUGCUCCACAGCAAACUGUUCACGGACGCCACCUCCCGCAGCAUCGGGGCCCUCAACAAGAUCAGCUUCGACACUCGUUUUGUGUUGAAGACCCUGAUGACCAUUUGCCCCGGCACAGUCCUGCUGGUGUUCAGUGUGACCUGUUGGAUCAUUGCAGCUUGGACCGUGCGGCUGUGUGAGAGGUAUCAUGAUGCACAGGAGGUAACUAGUACCUUUCUUGGAGCAAUGUGGCUGAUCUCCAUCACCUUCCUCUCCAUCGGCUACGGAGACAUGGUCCCUCACACCUACUGUGGAAAAGGUGUUUGCCUGUUAACAGGAAUUAUGGGAGCGGGCUGUACUGCUUUAGUUGUUGCUGUUGUUGCAAGGAAGUCCGAACUCACCAGAGCCGAAAAGCACGUCCAUAAUUUCAUGAUGGACACUCAACUCUACAAAAAGGUAAAAAACACAGCAGCCAACGUGUUGAGGGAGACGUGGCUCAUCUACAAAAACACUAAGCUGGUGAAGAAGAUCGAUCACGCCAGAGUACGCCACCAUCAGCGUAAAUUCCUGCAAGCCAUCCACCAACUGCGAAGAGUCAAAAUGGAGCAAAGGAAAUUAAUGGACCAGGCCAAUACGGUCGCUGACCUUGCCAAGACUCAGAACAUGAUGUAUGAUCUGGUGUCCGAGCUGCAGCAUCGGAGCGAGGAGCUGGACGGGAGGAUCAUAGCUCUGGAGGCAAAACUCGACUCCAUCCUCCUCAGCGUGCAGUCGCUGCCGAACGUGCUGUCUCAAGCAAUAACAAAGCUACAGAGGGAUUUCCUGGACAACUUGGCCUGUCGUGUCCACUUCCUGUCGUCCUCCCUGAGCUCUGAGUGCUGUACUGUCCCUGCCAGGCAGCUCUGUCCGGGAUCCACCCCUCCAGAGGCACCGUACAACCAGUAGACCUCAACAACCUUUUGAUGUGCUGGGAUGAAUUUUCACAACCAGCACUCAGCAUUGGGAGUUACAGCUAGAGAGUCAAGUCUGGAUGAACAUCAUUUCUUAGUGUCCUCUGCUCCAAGUUGUUCAGGUUCACGAACCAGGUCUCAUCCUGUUUUUGAGCAAACCCUUUACAGUAUAGAAUGAUUAUGGAAAAUGAACAUGUUUUCAGCUGAAAAUAACUGCUGGUGGCAGAAGAGUGCGACAUGUUCUAAAGAACAGAAAAACUGUAAUAUAACUAUUUAUUCAUAUUUAAUCAUUUGAGAGCUAUUUUACUCUGUAGUUCUGACAUUUUGAUUCAUGUCAUUGGCCGUGGCUAAACAACAUUAUUAUCAUGGGUAGACAUAAAAGAGACAUGUAUCUAGACAUAACAUUAUUUUAAAAGUUCUGAUAUUUUUAGCAGCUGCAUAGUAUUCUAUUUUAAAGACUAAA